UUACGUUAUCGUCAUUUGGAUAAUUUAAUUUAAUUUUUUCUUUUUUUGAUACAUUUCUUUCAAAUUUUCUACCAUUUGAUUGUGGCAUUCUGUUUUUUGUUAUUGACUGUGUGCUUGCAUGUCCCUUUAAAAAUUGGGUUACAUUUAAUUUUUAUUUUUUCAUUUGUUUUCAUUGAACUUUAAAAAUUUUGAAUUUUAAAUUUUAUAUAUAUAUCCAUCAUCCAAUUGUAUACAAUUAUUCAAUGGCUACAAAUAGUCUUCGAUCAUAUCUUGGUCGUAUACCAUCAUCAUCAUUGUAUUCAUCAUCGACUGUAAAAUCAAGAGUAGAAUCAGCAGCAGCAGCAGGAAAAACAUUGCAUCAUCGUUCGAAUUAUUCAAAAAUGGCAAAUAAUAAUUUAUCACCAUUGAUGAAUUAUUUGGAUUACUAUAAUCAGAAUAAUUCAAAUAUAUUUCAAUCUGAAAAUCUAGAUCGAUUCAAUACUACAGUAGCAGCAUCAUCAUCAUUAGAUUAUUGUUCAUCACCAUUGAUGAUGAAUAAUAAUAAUGGUCAUAAUCAUAAUUCAAAAAAUCCAUUACCAUCACCAGUGGGUACAUCAUUUGAAAUGAUAUGGAAUGAUGUUUAUGGUAUUCAACAACAACAAAAAUCGGCUCCAAAUCCAUUCAUUAACCGACAAUUUAGUAAUUAUGGUGAACGAAAAUUAGUUGGACGUAAUGUUAAUUAUUAUCAAAUUUUUGGCUGGAUUUCAUCGGGAAUUGAAGGAUCAUCGAUGAUGUUGAUGGUAAAGAAUGAUACAUCACAAUUACAAAAUCAGCAAUAUCGCAGCAAUAGUGGCAGUAUCUUAAGCAAAAAUGGUCAUCGAAAUGGUCGCAUGGAAUGUUCAUUCUGUAAGAAUCUACCACCUGAACGUGCUAUUGAUUAUCGUGAUCAUUGGCUUAAAGAUAAUCAAAAACGUGUUACCUGUCCAAUAUUGCGGGCAUAUAAUUGUCCAGAUUGUAAUAAUGGUGGCGGGGAUAACGCUCAUACUAGAAUUUAUUGUCCAUUGAAUCGUACAAAGCUACCACAUGGUUUUCAUCAUCGUUCCAUUCAAAUGCAACAAAAUCGUCGCUUUAAUAAUAAUCAUGUAUCGUACACUAGUAGUACUGCUGCUGGUCAUGAUUAUCAUGAUUUUGGCCUUAAUAAUGAAAAUAAUUAUGCAGCAUUUGUACGAAAAUCACCAAAUAGUAAUGUAUCAACAAUUUGGUCAACAAUGUCGGAAGAAUCUAAUUCAAAUUGGAUUGAUAGUGAUGGCAAUGGUGGUGGUGAUUUUGGAUGGUAAUCUAUCAGUUGUUGGUCAAUAAUUUUCCACAAUUUUACUGAUUUUGCAUUUCAUACACUUUCAUACACAUUUUUCGUGACUUUUUAAAAUUUUUUUUUUAUAUCAAUUAGAAAACCAAACCAAAAAACAUUUUUUUCAACUUUUUAACAAUUUUGUCAUUUCGAACAACAACAACAACUUGAAAACAUUCGAAAAAUAUUUGCAUCCAUUUUUAUUACAUCGACACAACUGAUACACACUGAUCAUUUUGCAUAACAUAUUCUGUAUCUCUUUUGUUUUCGAUCUCUCCCUUUCUCGUUCUUUAUUUUCUUUCUUUUUACAUCAAAAAACAUCAUUAACUUUGAUUUUUAUAUAUAUAUAUACUAUUAUGAUGAUGAAAUUAAAAUCUAAUUAAAAUCUGUUACAAUUUUAUACAA